UUGGAAAAAUAAACAAUUUUUUUGUGUUGAGAAAAAUAUCGAAAUCCAUGUACAGUAACGAACCUGGGCUGAAAUGGAAAGUGCUCUAAUGACAAGGUUAGGCGUAUAAUGUAAAUUUAAAGCACCAUUGUAACCAUUUGUCAUUAAAUUCUGAGUUCCAGGCGAGAAUUGGAAACCCAUAGCACUCUCAUUUCGCAUUCAGACACUCGAAAUGUUAAUUGAGCCUCAUAGAACUCUUUGGUGAUUAUUUUAGUCACUAUUAGAUACCACUACUUUUCUUUUGCUAAUGGUGUGGCUUGCUUUGCCUGUAGAAACCAUGACAGUCGACGCGUGCUUCAAUAAGCCAGAAACUGUGUUCUGUGGGACUUUGCCAAAGCCAAAUGGAGUACAUGCGGUCGAAUGGAAGGUGUAUAAUACCGAAGAAAAACAAUGGAUUUACUUCUCAUACUGUGAAAAACUGCAAGGGUGUUUCAUCAAGAAAAACUCAUUGUCAAAUGGCAUCACUGUGGAAAACAUCUCAAUGACAGCAUUGACGGUGAAAGCAUCGGUAAAGCACAACAUCUACAGACAGAGCCGACUACUGUGUCAAGUCCACCAUGAAGAUUCUGUGGCUUAUGACGAAGUGGAGAUCAACUUUACUGAGUGUAUCACGGCUGAGAAAGGGACUGAUGUGAACCUUACGAAAGUCUUUCAAGAAAUGUUGCCAUGGGAAAAAGUCCAAUACCUUUUCAUUGAAAAUUCUGACGGCAGCAAGCUUGCUUAUUGCGACACUGGUAGUUGUAUCAAGGAAAAUGGUAACAGUUUCUGGAACCGAUUGGAAGUAAAGAAAGGGUCGUUAAUUUUCUCUGAAGUCAUGGAGAGUGACGAUGGAUUGGAGUUUAAAAUCAAGGUUGACUUGAGGAAGGGGUUUGUCAGAGGAAGCAUCGGAACGACGCGAGUGUACUCGAUUAAGAUCUUCGUGAUCAGUAGUUCAGUUUCAGGGUCUACAAGUGAACCACCAGCAACAAUGCUCUCAACUUCACGGAGAAACAAGACCAGCCACCCCCCUGUUACAUACACUGUGCCCCCAACAAGGAGCGGUGCCUCAGCGACACAAAGAACUCUGUCGAUAUCGAUCCUAAUUCCUACCAUGGUUGUAUGCUACCUUUGGUAGGGUCAUUUGGUGCGUCAUGCGUCGAAGGAGAUCAGUGAACGUACCACCUGCUCCGCAGAGUCAGAUUGAUGAGGGUCGUUCUAGGUAUCAACACCGUAGUUUCGUCCCGUACAGGGGUGUAGCCAAGAUUUUUCAAAGGGGGGGUCACAGAGGCUACUCACCAGAUUGUUAUCUCUACCUCCACGCCGUGCAUGUUUAACUGAAUGUUACAGCUUUGGGAUGAGCAAUGAGAGUAUAAUGGGCAGGCCAAGAUAUUGUCAUGGCGUUUUCACCACCUGAAUAUUGUAGGUUGUUUGCUCAAAAGAAGGCCUACCAAGGGGGGAGGGGGGUCACGGGCACCCCAGGACCCCCCUGGCUACGCCCUUGCCGUAAUUUCUGUAAGCUUUUGUUGACAUGGCACUGGCAUAGUGGCAAAAAGUGCAAACGUGUAAACAGUGUUAAAGUGUCAGGCGUAACAAUAGCCAACACCCUACAAUGGAAUUGUCAUAUUUCUAACCUACCAAAAAAGGCUGAUAAGCGGAUAUUCUUUCUCAUGUUGCUUAGGCGCGCCAAAAUUCCGGCUCGUGAUAUCAUCGGCUUCUAUCUUACCUGCAUUAGACAUGUACUCGAAUAUUCGGCUCCUCUUUACCAUCAUGCACUCCCGGAUUAUUUAAGCAACGACACAGAGCGUGUUCAAAAACGCGCCCUUUCUGUAAUUUCACCUGGCCUAUCAUCAUAUCUCGACAACCUUUCAUUGUUUAACCUGAACUCACUGAACCAAUAGGGUCCAAUACCGAGCACAAGCUUGAUCAUUUUUUGCCAUCGAAGAACCAUACUGUUUAUAAUCUUAGAAAUCAACGUCAGUUUGUUAACCCAAUAAUGCGCACCAAGCGUUUCACCCAGACACAUUUACCAGCCAUGUGUAGACAAUAGGCCUAUGUAUUAUUCUAGUAUUUUUGUUGUAAAUAUUAAAAUAAUAUACUCUGUAAAGAUAAUUUAUAAUUUCAGCCAGUAUUGUAUUGUAAAUAAUCAUGCAAUUCAGCCUUAUUAGGCUGCCAUGUGAUUUUUAAUAAAGCUACUAUCUAUCUAUUAAAGUGUUCAUAGAGCGUUUA